UAAGCACUGGGCCAGCUGGAGCCUGUUUGAUCCGGACCUGUUGGGCCAGGCUCAGCUAUGCAGCUGGACGUACCGGGAUGGGACCCGUACCCACCCAGAAGCACCUCACCCCUGGCCCUCCCACCCUGCCAUUAGUCCAACAGCCAGCCUGGCCACCAUGGUGUGCUCUUCCGAGUCCUUCUUCCAGCUUUUCCUUCAGAAUGGGAACAGGAGGCAAGUUGGUUGUCCCCUUUGUUCCUGUAAAACAUGCUAAGUUGACAUCACAUGCAGAAAGCAGGCCGUCUUGAUUCCUUGGCACCCAGACUCUGGAAAUCAACAGACAACUCCUUAAAAGACUAUCCCGUGAGGGGGUGCACACCUUUAGUUCCAGUAUUUGGAGAGCAGAGGCAGGAGGAUUUCAGGACCAUCAGGGUAUGAAGAGAAGCACUGCCUGAAAAGGCCAAGGAAACAAAAAACACUGACGGAGGCAAAGGAGGUCUUGUGCAUGCUGCCACAGUCUCUGUAGAGCUAGAGGAUUUUCACAGUCAAUCUUCAGGAGUCUGUGGGAGGUGCUCAGUACUUCUCCAAAGGAAGGCAGUGAGUGCUGAUGAAAUUGGCAGUGUGAGUCUUGGCUCCCUGCCAGGAGUGGGGUCCAGAAGGCAGAGAUUCAUGAUUCUUAGGACAUGCUGUGAAUGCCAUAGUCUGAAGAAAUGAAAGUCUAAGCAAGUGUCAGAAUCCAACAUACUUGAGGAACAGUUCAAAUGUACAGCCUUCUGUAGCUGUCAAAGGAAGGAGGCUCUCCCAAACCCCAUACACUGAAGCCCAGGUUCAUAUCCUCCAGCUACAUAGACUUUGCUGCUAGAUUGGACUUUUAAAUCAUCCUAACAGUAGCAGUACAUUGAAGUGUGCUUCGUUGUUGUCUUCUCUGAAAGGAAUAAUGCUGUCAGCAUGUCUGCACACUCCAUGCUUUCUGAAAGAAUUUCCAUAGCCAAGGAACUGAUCAAGAGAGCAGAAUCACUGUCUAGAUCAAGAAAAGGUGGCAUAGAAGGUGGUGCAAAGCUGUGCAGCAAACUGAAGGCAGAAUUAAAAUUCUUACAGAAAAUAGAGGCCGGGAAGGUGGCUAUUAAAGAGUCCCAUUUACAAAGCACGAAUCUAACACACCUGAAAGCCAUUGUGGAAUCUGCAGAGAACCUAGAAGAGGUCGUUAGUGUUCUUCGUGUUUUCGGCUACACGGAUACCUUUGGAGAAAAGCAGACUCUUGUGGUGGAUGUCGUAGCAAAUGGAGGUCAUACCUGGGUCAAAGCUAUUGGCCGGAAGGCUGAAGCACUGCACAACAUCUGGCUGGGCAGGGGCCAGUAUGGUGACAAGAGCAUCAUUGAGCAGGCUGAAGACUUCCUUCAGGCCAGUCGCCAGCAACCAGUGCAGUAUAGCAACCCUCACAUUGUGUUUGCAUUUUACAACAGUGUCUCCAGCCCCAUGGCAGAAAAGCUGAAAGAUAUGGGCAUAUCCGUAAGAGGAGACAUCGUGGCGGUCAACUCUCUGCUCCAUCACCCGGAGGAGUUACAGCCGAGCGAGAGUGAGUCAGACGAUGAGGGCCAAGAACUUCUGCAGGUGACAAGAGUAGACCGAGCAAAUGUACUGGCACAUGUUGCCUUUCCAACAGAGAUCAAAGUUGAUGUGUGCAAAAGGGUCAACCUGGACAUUACUACUUUAAUCACAUAUGUAUCUGCUAUGAGUUAUGGAGGCUGCCACUUUAUCUUCAAAGAAAAAGUGCUCACUGAGCAAGCAGAGCAAGAGAGGAAAGAGCAGGUUUUACCUCAGCUGGAAGCAUUUAUGAAGGACAAGGAGUUGUUUGCCUGUGAAUCUGCUGUCAAGGAUUUUCAGUCCAUUCUAGAUACCUUAGGGGGGCCCGGAGAGAGGGAGAGGGCCUCCGCACUAAUUAAGCGAGUCAGUGUGGUACCGGACCAGCCUUCUGAGCGUGCCUUGAGAUUAGUGGCGAGUUCAAAAAUCAAUAGCCGUUCGUUAACGAUUUUUGGGACAGGAGAUACCCUGAAAGCCAUCACGAUGACUGCCAAUAGUGGUUUUGUCAGAGCUGCCAACAACCAGGGUGUUAAAUUCAGUGUGUUCAUCCAUCAGCCUAGAGCACUCACUGAGAGUAAAGAGGCGUUAGCUAUGCCCUUACCAAAAGACUUCACCAGCGAUGGUGCACGCUAGUGCUGUCCCAUAAGUGUUGUGGAAAUAUGUUAUUUAUACCAAAGGCUGCCCUUCCCAUCUAAAUUGGGAGAAAAAAAAGUAAGUUUAUAGUAAAAUAAUAUCUAGAACUCUUCCGUGUUUAAGUAGAAGUUCUUUGUGUUUCAUCUGUUUAAGGUCUAUAAAUUAGAAAAAGCUCAAGAGACAUCUUAUAUAUCUCUGCAUUACAUUGCAAACUAUAUCAUUGCAGGUAAAAACAAAUAUAUCUGUGUAAGGCUUUUAGCUAUUGUAUAAUGCUUUUGUUUUCCUCUGUUGGGCUGCAGCCUCCACUACAGGUAAUCACAGUUUGUUCAUGGACUAUAGCUCCUUGAUUCUUGAAUUCAUUAAACAUCUGGAGAAAACUCUGA